GCAUCAACCGCAUUUUGAAGAUUCCACUGUAAAACGUCAAGUUACCCGCAUGAUGGAUGUAAACAAACUAAACGCGUUGUAAAAUGCAGGCAGAGUGUUCAAAAAAGUUUUAAAGUUUUUCCUGUUUUACAACCAUAGUUCUUUGAGUAAAAUUUCCAAAAAAUGUUACGGAGAUUGUUAGUGGCACGUAGUGCACUAUGUUCGUCAGUGAAACAUCUAAAUGCUGUUCAGCCGCGAAGCAAGCCUAGUCAAAGCACUUUGCCCAUCGUGCUCUUGCGAAGAAGUUACGCAAAUCUACCAAAUAACCAGGUAUUUCGUCCGGUAACAGCUGAGGAGUCCGAAGGUGAUACCGAUGACGUGCCAUCGAUCGACGAUGAUAAGAAACGCAAGAUCCUCGCGCUGGAGAUGGAAGUAAUGCGCCAGGAAGGUCGAAAGGUCCCCACGCCGGAAAAAAUCAAGGAGGAAAACUGGCAGCAUUUGCUGAAAUUACGUUCCAGGAACCAGCGCCGGCAGUACUACCUGUAUCUGUGGAACAUCGAGAUGGCGAAGGAAAGCAAGCGUAUCAAGAAGGAGCAGAAGCGAAUUGAAGUCGCCAAACGAAAGGAGGAGCUUACGCAGGCGAAUGCCGAAAAUGACCAUCUGGUCUACGGGCUGUUCCACAAUACGAUGUUUCUGCGGAUAUACGACUCGACGAUGGACCACUGGCACAAUAAUAAAUUGGUGCAAGCGAUGCAGUUUGGGCAGAACCUGGUGAUUGACUGUUCGUACGAUGAUUACAUGAACGACAAGGAGAUGAGAAAUACCGCCAAACAAUUGAUGCUUUGCUUUGCCUUGAAUCGUAUGCACAACGAGCCGUUCAAUGUGCAUCACUGCAAUGCGAAUUUCCACAAAAUGACAAUGAAAACUCUCGAAAAGGGCCUGGUGCAAAUCCGCGACGCAGCGUUCCCAUUCAACGUUACAGAGAAGAGCUAUCUGGAUUUGUUUCCCAAGGAAAAGCUGGUCUACUUAACGCCCCAUUGUAAAAACGAUCUCACGGAGUUUAACCCGGACGACAUCUACAUCGUGGGUGCCAUGGUGGACAAGUCGUCACAGGAGGCGGUCUCGUUGGGAAAGGCCAAGAAGGAGGGCUUGCGGAUGGCACGGCUACCGCUGGACAGGUACUUCCAGUUCAAGAGCGGUAAAUCCUUGACGAUAGACCAAAUGCUCCAGAUUCUGAUGGAAUUGAAGACUUCCAAUGAUUUCGAGAAGGCUUUCGAACAUGUCCCCAGGCGGAAAAUUGUGCCACUUGAUGAACAGCAGUUGGAUAUACAGCAGCGGCUCAAAGAGAAGAAACAACUGGGAAAGUUUAAGUUUAGCAUGGGCAGCUUUUCGGAUCGAAAGUACAAGAAGCGGUAAGGUGGUUCGGGGGGAACAGAGUGGGUCACAUUGUAUUUAGAACGAACAGGAUGAUGUAAUAAAAUAGUUGCUUUAGACUAACCUGAA